UGUUCAAUCGAUAUGGGGCCGUAGCAUCGCAGAUCAGAGACCUAUACGGUCUGCGCUUGCCUUGGGUGUGAACAAGAUCGAUGCUGACCGCACUGAUGCUCACUUGCUUGCACUUGACUCCACUCCACUCGAGGGAAAAGUGGCAAAGAGCCACUGGGCUGCUACGCACGGAAUUGUCGGAUCAGCCCGGGAAGCCUCUUAGGCAGUGUCGCGGACGGGCGGGCGGGCGGAACGGCGCAGAAGCCAAGGAAGGAGAAGGAGUGGUGUGGAGGCGCAACAGCACGCACGCAGGCAGGCGCACUGGGCGCAUCGUCACGAGGCAGGGAACAUGAAAGAGAUUGCACAUCAACCCCGAGUUAUCGAUCUUCUGUUUCUAACCAACACUACGAACAUCACCUCAUACAUACAUACCACUUGAUCACUCUUUCAUCUCAUCAUGGGUCUCACUGAAAUCGCACCAGCUGGCGUUGUUGCCGGAAAGGACGUCUACAAGGUCUUCGACUACGCCAGGAAGCACGGCUUUGCCAUCCCCGCUUUCAACGUGACCUCGUCCUCUACUGCUAACGCUGCUCUCGAGGCCGCAAGGGACGCCAAGGCCCCUGUCAUCAUCCAGGUCAGCCAGGGUGGUGCCGCUUACUUCGCCGGUAAGGGUCUGCCCAACGACAAGCAGCAAGCCUCUAUCAAGGGAGCCGUUGCCGCCGCCUACCACGUCCGAACCGUCGCCAAGGACUACGGCAUCCCCGUCAUUCUCCACUCUGACCACUGCGCUAAGAAGCUCCUCCCUUGGUUCGAUGGUAUGCUCGAGGCUGACGAGGAGCACUACAAGCAGUUCGGUGAGCCCCUCUUCUCUUCGCACAUGCUCGACUUGUCCGAGGAGCCCAAGGAGGAGAACAUCGAGAUCUGCCUCAAGUACCUCGAGCGAAUGGCCAAGAUUGGCAUCUGGCUCGAGAUGGAGAUUGGUAUCACCGGUGGUGAGGAGGACGGUGUGAACAACGAGGACGUGGACAACAACUCGCUCUACACUCAGCCCGAGGACAUCUGGGACAUCUACAGCCAAUUCUCCAAGAUCACCCCCAACUUCUCCAUUGCGGCUGCCUUUGGUAACGUGCACGGUGUAUACAAGCCUGGAAACGUCAAGCUGCACCCUGAGCUGCUGCAGAAGCACCAGAACUAUGUCAAGGAGCAGCUGAAGACCUCCGACGACAAGCCCGUCUUCUUUGUCUUCCACGGAGGCAGUGGAUCCGAGAAGAAGGACAUCACCGACGCCGUCUCGUACGGUGUGGUGAAGAUGAACGUGGACACCGACACUCAGUUUGCCUACCUUGAGGGUAUCCGUGACUACGUGCUCAAGAAGAAGGACUACCUCAUGUCGACUGUAGGUAACCCCGAGGGCGCUGACAAGCCCAACAAGAAGCAGUUUGACCCCCGAGUGUGGGUCAGGGAGGGUGAGAAGACGAUGAGCAAGAGGGUGACGAUUGCCUUUGAGGACCUGGGAAGCAAGGGUCAGUUGUAAAGCGCUGUGCCUUGU